AUGCUGCCUUUGAAACCUGCCCGCUUUGUGAUGAAGAAGAUUUUCGGCUUUGGGAGUAAGAAGUGCAAGCCGGCCUCUGGCUCCUCCACCAGCCUGAGGAGGGAAAGCGCGGGCGUCGGGGAUGAGAAUAGCAAAAGCGUCAACUCACCGCACGGGUACCACAUCCGAGACAAAGAUCUCGGGAAGAUCCACAGAGCUGCCAGUGUGGGUGACGUCGCGAAGGUUCAACAGAUUCUUUUGCUCGGUAAAAAUGGCUUGAAUGACAGAGAUAAAAGGAACAGGACUGCUCUACAUUUGGCCUGUGCCAAUGGUCACGUAGAAGUGGUAACUCUCCUGGUAGAGAGAAAAUGCCAGCUUAACCUCUGUGAUGAUGAAAACAGGACAGCUCUAAUUAAGGCUAUACAGUGCCAGGAAGAGGAAUGUGCAACUAUUCUGCUAGAACAUGGUGCUGACCCAAAUCUUACAGACAUCAGUGGCAACACUGCCCUUCACUAUGCUGUCUAUGAUGAGAAUAUAUCAGUAGCUGAAAAACUGCUUUCACACAAUGCUGAUAUUGAAGCAACAAAUAAGGAUGACUUCACACCACUUUUGCUUGCUAUAAAUGAAAAAAAACAGCAAAUGGUGGAAUUUUUAGUACAAAAAGAAGCAAAUACUCAUGCAGCUGAUAAGGGAAAAAGCAUUCACCAACUAAUUUCUGAGUGUAAAAAAGAAAAGAAACCUAAGAAUUCUUCUCAGAAUAAUCCAGAGCAUGAGAGUUCUGAAGAUGACUCUUUAAGCAGGCUUUCCGACAAACCUGGCAUUGGUGAUUCAUGGCCUACAUCUGAUGACACAGACUUAGAUUUAGAUAUCAAGAAAGUUCCAAAGCCAAACUUAUCAAAGCUAAUCACUGCUUCUCAGCAAUCCAGGAAGUAUAUAGAAGAACAACUUAGCAUUGUGAGACCAGAAAACAGAACUUUGUUUGAGGACAAUAACUUUGAAAGUGAAAAUGAAGUUGAAACUCUCCCUAAACCAUCAUUCAAAGUCCAGGGCUUUUCUCAUCCUGCCUUUCCAUCACCUGACCCUCCUUUAAAACCUUCCUUGAAUAUUUCAGCAGUCUCUGAUAUUACAAAGGAAGGAGCAACAAAGUCCCCAAUUGGAAAAGGAGAAAAAGGUGUGGAUAUUAUUGAAACUCCAAGAGAGCAAACUAAUAAGAACAAUUUGACUUAUGUUGAUGAAGCAUACAAAAAUAAUAGAAGUAUGAUGUCAGCAUUAGGGUUAGAAGAGGAACAUGCAGAGUCACUUUGGGAUUCUGAGAGUAUUUCUGAGAAUCUUCCCAAGGAAUGUGUUGGUCAUUUAUCUGGAGCUACAGAUGAAAAAGGAGAAAAUAUAUUAAAUGAACAAGUAGAAGAUGUUUUUUAUAUACCUUCUUGCAUGAGUGGCUCAAGAAGUUUUAAAAUGGCUAAAUUAAAGGAUACAAGAAAUAUAGACAUACCAGUAGCCCACAUGGAUUCUACUGAGAAAUAUCCCCACUGGAAGCCCACCAUUGGAAUGAAAGAUUCUGCUUCUUAUCAAGCAGUGGGAAUGAAGGAUGUACAAAUAUCAAAAUCAGCAGAACUGGAGUUAAAAAUGAACUCAGAAGAAGAGCAAGACAGACUUGAUGAAAGUGAAAAUAAUCAGUCACAAGUUGAAGAAGAAAGGAAGAAGUUCAAAAGUAGUGAAUUUAAAGUAUCAGAACACAUGUAUGACUCUGCUGCUGACAAUAAUGAUGAUGAAUUAAUUCCACAAGGAAAGUGUGGAAAAAUUGAUAAUCAGCAAUUUCUCAUUAAGGAGAAGGAAGAUUCGGAUAGUAGUGAUCCUGCCUUAUCUAUGAAGGAAGUAAAGACAUAUGAAAGUAAAAACUGGACCUCAAAAGAAUCUGCGGUUACACCGAUGUUGGAGAAAGCUGAUUUGCUAACUGGUGUUUUACAAGUGAAUGAUGACAGCAGUUUGAGUGAAAUAGGUCAAGAAGAAGGAAGGACUACAAAGAAAAUAUGUGAUGAAAAGAGCAAGGUCCAAAAGCAGAUUGAUUGCAUGGAUGACCUUGAUGACUUAUCUCAGUCAUCUGAAACAGCUUCAGAGGAUUGCGUAUUGUCUAACUUUAGUCAUAAGAAUCCUAUGUUGCUAAUCGAACAACUUGGAAUGGAUUGUAAAGAUUCUGUUAGUCUAUUGAAAAUCCAGGAUACAAUUCUUUCCUAUGAGAGAUUAAUAAAACUAAAAAAAAAUCAUUGUGAACUACUUACAAGAAAAAAUAAAAAAAUGGAAGAUAAGGUUAGUCGACUGCAAAAGGAGUUAUCAGAAACAAAAGAAGUAAAAUCACAAUUAGAGCAUCAAAAAGUGGAAUGGGAACGAGAACUCUGCAGUUUGAGAUUUACUUUAAAACAAGAAGAAGAAAAGAGAAGAAAUGCUGAUAUAUUGUAUGAAAAAAUUAGAGAUCAAUUAAGAAGGAAAGAAGAGCAAUUUAGUAAAGAAAUUGAAAUGAAACAACAACUUGAACUCACUCUUAGAACCCGAGAUAUGGAAUUGAGGACUGUAAGAAGUAAUCUGAAUCAGGUUAUAGAAGAACGAAAUGAUGCCCAGAGAAAUCUUUCUAGAGAACAAAAUGCCAGAAUAUUACAAGAUGGAAUUCUGAGCAGUCAUCUUUGCAAACAGAAGGAGACAGAAAUGGCUCAAAAGAAAAUGGUGCACAAUUCUGAG